GGACCCGCAGUCCCGGGGCCGCCUCCCCGCGAGGAUGCCGGCGGGCGCGGGGAGCGUGCGCGACCACGUGACGGCCGCUAUAAGAGCGCUCCGGGCGGACGCUCGUCUCCCGCCGCGCCUCCUCGCCGGCCGCGCUCGCUCCCCGCGCCCGGCGUCUCCGAGUCACGAACUUGCGGCUGCGGCGGCCGCCCGCGCCCCCGGCUGCACCAUGACAGAUCAGGCCUUUGUGACACUGACCACAAACGAUUCCUAUGCCAAAGGAGCCCUGGUCCUGGGCUUGUCUCUGAAACAGCACAGGACCACGAGGAAGCUGGUCGUACUCGUCACCCCACAGGUCUCGGACUCCAUGAGGAAAACUUUAGAGACAGUCUUUGAUGAAGUCAUUGUGGUAGAUGUCCUGGACAGUGGUGAUUCUGCACAUCUAACCUUAAUGAAGAGGCCUGAGUUGGGUGUCACGUUGACUAAACUCCACUGCUGGUCACUUACACAGUAUUCAAAAUGUGUAUUCAUGGAUGCAGAUACUCUGGUCCUAGCCAAUAUUGACGAUCUUUUUGAGAGAGAAGAAUUGUCGGCGGCACCAGACCCAGGGUGGCCUGACUGCUUCAAUUCUGGAGUCUUUGUUUAUCAACCUUCAGUCGAAACGUACAAUCAGCUGUUGCAUCUUGCUUCCGAGCAAGGUAGCUUUGAUGGCGGGGACCAGGGUUUACUGAACACGUUUUUUAGCAGCUGGGCAACAACAGAUAUCAGAAAACACCUGCCAUUUAUUUAUAACCUAAGCAGCAUUUCUAUAUACUCCUACCUCCCAGCAUUUAAAGCAUUUGGUGCAAAUGCCAAAGUUGUGCAUUUCCUAGGACGAACCAAACCAUGGAAUUAUACUUAUGAUCCUCAGACAAAAAGUAUUCAGAGUGAGUCCCACGAUCCCAAUAUGACUCACCCAGAGUUCCUCAGCCUGUGGUGGAACAUCUUCACUACCAGCGUGUUACCUGUGCUUCAGCAGUUUGGCCUUGUCAAAGACACCCGCUCAUAUAUACAUGUGCUUUCAGACUUGGUCUAUACACUGGCUUUCUCUUGUGGCUUCUGUAGAAAGGAAAAUGUCUCAGGAGCUGUAUCACAGCUGUCCCUUGGGGAGAUCCCAGCUCCGGCACAGCCUUUUGUAUCCUCAGAAGAACGGAAGGAGCGGUGGGAACAAGGCCAGGCUGACUACAUGGGAGCAGAUUCCUUUGACAACAUCAAGAGGAAACUUGACACUUACCUCCAGUAGAAACACUGCCGUUUUCCGUGGACACCUCCACUUCAGAGGCACUUGUUUCUGAUACUUGGUACCUAGAGCUGGGUUAAGAAAGGUCUGUUACAGUUGCUAGAGGCUUUCACUAAAAUUCAUCAGAUGUGGGGUUUUUUGCAAGACAACUGGUGAGAACUGGGCAAAAGUUGUUUAAGUAGCAAUUCUGUUAUGUGAACAACGGUUCUGCUUUUUAACCCUGAGCUUAUAUUUCACAAAUUCUCAAUUAAGCUGAUUGCCAAUGUAUAUGAUAGGGGAAACUCAAUCUGCAGUUGUUAAGAUAGCUGUAUCAACUCUUAAAAUGUGCCAAGCCGGGCUUCAAAUCAGUCUCCUUUCAGAAUGGGACACACACGGUUCAUGUCUCUUGCUUGCUUGCUGAGCCCCUCACUAGACCUGCAUUCUAGAGUCACCCAGAGGCUGCCAGAGUGAUUGUAAUUCUGCUUUCAGAUAAAGCCAGCCUGUGAUAGCACUGCUGAGUGAUUCAUAAGCAUAUCGACAAAUGGUGUGAACCCAUUUCCUAGUCUUAGUGUCUGAAGACGUUCACCAGUUUUCUGUGUACAGUAAGGCGGCAUGCUAAAAUGCUUUGUUCCGUUCUGUAUAUCUGAAAACAGCAGUGUGAUGGUUCCCUGCAAUGGCACCCUGUAUGAAAAAUAAAGACUUAUUGCCAUA